AUGUCUGCUCCAAUCGACUACCUUCUCUUCGAGGAGGCUACUGGUUAUGCUGUGUUCAAAGUGAAGUUGCAACAGGAUAACAUUGGUGCUAAGCUGAAAGAGGUUCAAUCUCAAAUCAGCGAUUUGGGCAACUUCUCCAAGAUGGUUGAGCUCGUGUCCUUUGCUCCGUUCAAAGGUGCUGCACAAGCCUUGGAGAACGCUAAUGAAAUCUCUGAAGGCUUGGUUUCCGACUACUUGAAGUCUGUUUUGGAGUUGAACAUUCCUAAGGGGUCUGCUAAGAAGCAGAUUGUCCUUGGUAUAUCAGACAAGAACUUGGGUCCUUCCAUCAAGGAGACCUUUGGCUACAUCGACGCUGUCUCCAACGAACUGGUUCAGGACUUACUCAGAGGUAUCAGACAGCACGGUGACAAAUUGCUCAAGGGCUUGCAAGAGGGUGAUAUUGAGAGAGCUCAGCUCGGUUUGGGUCAUGCCUACUCUAGAGCCAAGGUGAAAUUCUCUGUUCAGAAGAAUGAUAACCACAUCAUCCAGGCCAUUGCGCUCCUUGAUCAACUGGACAAGGACAUCAACACCUUCUCAAUGAGAGUUAAGGAAUGGUAUGGAUGGCACUUCCCUGAAUUGGCUAAAUUGGUUCCAGACAACUACACUUUUGCCAAAUUGGUUUUGUUCAUCAAGGACAAGGCAUCUCUUAACGAUGAAUCUCUUCAUGAGUUGACAGCAUUGCUCAACAAUGACUCUGGGCUCGCUCAAACCGUCAUUGACAAUGCGAGAAUCUCCAUGGGUCAAGAUAUCUCUGAGCAAGAUUUUGAUAACUUGUUGGUGUUUGCUAAGAGAGUUGUCUCUUUGACCGAUUACAGAAAAUCCCUUUACAACUACCUCGAGGAUAAGAUGCACACCGUGGCUCCAAACUUGUCCGAGUUGAUUGGUGAAGUCAUCGGUGCAAGAUUGAUUUCCCACGCCGGUUCUUUGACAAACUUGUCCAAACAGGCUGCUUCAACUGUUCAAAUCUUGGGUGCUGAAAAGGCCCUUUUCAGAGCUUUGAAGACCAAGGGUAACACUCCAAAGUAUGGAUUGAUUUACCAUUCUUCCUUCAUUGGUAGAGCAUCUUCAAAGAACAAAGGUAGAAUCUCAAGAUACUUGGCUAACAAGUGUUCCAUCGCUUCAAGAAUUGAUAACUACUCCGAUGCUCCAACCAACGUGUUUGGUCAAAUUUUGAAGAAGCAGGUUGAACAGAGACUGAACUUCUACGACACUGGUGCCCCAACAAUGAAGAACUCUGACGCUAUCUCUGAGGCACUUGCUUUGUAUAACGAUUUGGACGUUGAGAUGGGCGAUGCCUCUGAUGAUGAGAAGGAGGAAGAUGAGAAGAAGGAGAAGAAGGAAAAGAAGGAGAAGAAGGAAAAGAAGGAGAAGAAAGAAAAGAAGGAAAAGAAGGAAAAGAAGGAAAAGAAGGAGAAGAAGGAGAAGAAGGAGAAGAAGGAGAAGAAGAGAAAGAGUGAUGAUGAUGAAUCACCAAAGAAGAAGAAGAAAUCCAAAUGA